UAGAAAUCCAAUUGUUUUAUUGUAUUUAUUAAAAUUAGUUUUUGAAAAAAAAAAUUGAGUAAUGGAGAAAUGGAUGUGGUAUUAUUUGGGAUAAUAAUCGGCAUAAUUGUACUCUUCUUCCUUGCAGUUUUAUUCAUCACCAUUGAAGCCACCUGCAACCGCCGCCAAUAGUUUCUUCUAAACCCUAACUAAAUCUUACUUCUUUUUUCUAAAUUCAAUGGCGUUUUCUAAGAAACAGAAUCAUAAAAAUCAGAUCUUUUUUUCCUCUUCUCUUUUACUGUUACUGCUUUUACUCCAUUUUACCGAUCUGUGUAUUGCUACUGCUGGAGGUGGGUGCUCUCAUGGACACCACCACCACCACCACCACCACCAUGAUGAGCAUGAUGAUGAACUGAUUCAGACCAAGUUACCGGAGGAAUUAGCUGAGGAGGAAGAUAUGAAGCUGUAUGGAUUUAGCAAUCAUGAUCAUGGUCAUGGUCAUGGUCAUGGUCAUGAUCACCAUGAUUUGAAUAAGCUCACUGGGCUAGGAAUUUGGCUACAUGCAUUAGGCUGCUCACUUUUGGUGAGCUUGGCUUCACUUAUCUGUAUCGUUAUCUUGCCACUCUUAUUUAUUCAUGGAAAACCAUCAAAGGCGGUUGUUGAUUCAUUGGCUUUAUUCGGGGCAGGAGCUAUGUUGGGGGAUGCUUUUCUUCAUCAAUUACCCCAUGCUUUUGGUGGUGACCACUCUCACUCUCAUAAUCAUGACUCAGACCAUUCUCAUCAUGCACAUACUGAAGAUGGACAUUCACAUGCCCAUUCUUUGAAAGAUCUCUCUAUUGGAUUAUCUGUCUUGGCUGGUAUUGUACUUUUUCUUAUUGUGGAGAAGGUGGUUAGGUACAUUGAACAUAACUCUACUGGAGUUCAUGGAUGGGGUCAUGGUCAUCACCACCAUCAUAACAAGAGCAUUAAGAAAUUGAAAGAUGAUGAUGCCGAUGACGUGAUGCAGCCACAAUCUCUGAAAGAAACUGAAGGAAAAGGGUCAGAUGAAGUUACAGACAACACCUUAAAUGGGGAUAAUUCGACUGAACAGGAAGCUCUUCUUCGGAAGAGAAAGACUACCCUUAAUGGAAAGACUGGUAUAUCAGGUAUUGAGUCUAAAGAUGGCUCUACUGAUACAACUAAAUCAUUGACCAAGAAGGAAAAUGCCGAGACUCAGGGGUCAUCAAAUCUGGUGUUUGGUUAUCUCAAUCUGUUUUCUGAUGGUGUUCACAAUUUUACUGAUGGGAUGGCUUUAGGAAGCGCAUUUCUGAUCUAUGGAUCUGUUGGUGGAUGGUCUAGAACUCUAUUUUUGCUUGCACAUGAGCUUCCUCAGGAGAUAGGAGAUUUUGGCAUACUCGUUAGAUCUGGUUUCAGUGUGUCGAAAGCCUUGUUUUUCAACUUCCUCUCAGCAUUAGCAGCGCUAGUGGGAACUGCAUUGGCUUUGCUCUGGGGACAAGAUCCAGGACAAUCAUCUUUGAUUGAGGGAUUUACGGCAGGUGGAUUCAUUUACAUAUCUGUGGCUGGAGUGCUUGCAGAAAUGAACAGUAGCAGCACUACAUUCAGAAGUUCGGUGAUCCAGAUAAUUUCGCUGGUACUCGGCAUGGCUGUUGCCCUCUGUAUCUCCCUUGUAGAAUAACAUUGUAAUUUCAUUUAUGUAACUUUAUACAAAAUUAACUGAAAAGUUAUAAGGACUAAGAGUCAUGUCCAUUUUAUAACCUUACAGAUCAUUGGCACCAGCAAUUGAUGGUGUUGUUCGUUUUGUCACUUAUAGAAUGAAAAUGCAUUUUAAAAACUCUGUAAUCGUAGGCAAAUGUCAUUGGCACCCGGAAUUGGCGGUGUCACCGUUUUUGCACUUGUAGAAUGAAAAUUCAUAUUGAAACUGUGAUUCGAUUA